AUUAUAGCGUUUGAUGAACUGAAGACCGAUUACAAGAAUCCCAUAGAUCAGUGCAAUACACUCAAUCCUCUCGUACUUCCCGAGUACCUCAUCCAUGCAUUCUUCUGUGUUAUGUUUCUCUGUGCGGCAGAGUGGCUUACGCUGGGUCUCAAUAUGCCUUUGCUGGCUUAUCAUAUUUGGAGGUACAUGAGUAGACCCGUGAUGAGCGGCCCCGGUCUGUAUGAUCCUACGACCAUCAUGAAUGCAGAUAUUUUAGCCUAUUGCCAGAAAGAAGGAUGGUGCAAAUUAGCGUUCUACCUUCUAUCAUUUUUUUACUACCUAUACGGCAUGAUUUAUGUUCUGGUGAGCUCUUAAGAAGACCUUGGGCGAGCUUUGUUCCAGUCAAGUGCAUGCAAAAGCCACAAAACCUGGAUUCUUUACGACGAUAACCUCUUACCAAGAUUAAAUACGGAAUCUGAUGAUCGUGUUUGCGUUAGAAAACGAUGACUCCCCUAUUUUUAAGACAUUUCCACAUUUUAUGCUUGUGGAAAGACUGUUUUCUUAUAUUUUACCGGGACACUGAAAUUAAAGAAUGACGUGUAAAUUAACACAAAGAUGGCGGGGUCUUGACAAGUUUUGACUUUGCACUCCCCAAGGAACAGCCAUAAUCUUCACGUAGGCGUCGGUGCUGACGAGCCGUAGUGCGCUAGGGAUUUUCUUUAGGCUGGGCUUCGUAGUGGCUGGUGUGGACUUGCGUUAUCCCACUCU